UGCAAUCCACCAAUAAAUAAAAAGAAGAAGAAGGCGUGCAUCGUUGCUCAGAGGAGGUUAGUCGGCUGGAAGCGAUGAGGUCGGAUCUCUACCAAGGUCUGGACAGCGUCAGCAGGCAACGCUAUGAGGAGAAGAUCAGCGCCGUGGGGGCCGAUCCGUACCUGAUCCCCGCGACGGAGCAGAAAGCCGCCAGACACUGCAGCACCCAGGAGCUGCCAGCCCUGGCUUACCCUGACAUCUUCAUGUUUCUCAUCCAGGUCCCAGGGUACAGCGCGGUCGCUCUGAAGAAUUACCAGAACCUGGAGGCUUACCGGUACUUCCUCCGUGGCUGGGUCCGAUCUGUGAGGCUGUGCACCCAGAGAGACAAGUUCAUCAUAACCAGCCAGGUGAUCAAUCCAGAAGGCGUCGAUGAGAAUCCUCACCACGUGUGGGCUAUCAUUGAGCCCAACGGCCUUGUUGUUUCCGCCCAUUGCACAUGCAUAGUGGGCUUGGAGGCGGCCUGCUCACAUGUUGCUGCUACGCUCUUCGCCCUCGAUGCGGUUGUGCGCAUACAGCAAGCGACGUCAUCCCCGCCUCCUCCUUCCUCGCCACGCAGCCAGCGGAGUGGCGAACCUGUGCACAACGGCAACUUUUCAUACCCAAACAAGAGGAGAAAGACCACAAACGAGGAUUCGGGACACUCCAAACCUACAAUUCCACCUCCCACUGCGGAGGAACUGGAGCACUAUGAUAGCUUCAUCCGCUCAGGUGUGAAACCAUCACAAGAUGUCCCAGGCUCCCAGUUUACAGGCAGAACUGUGGAACAACAUACCAACGUUCAGCUCAAACGAUGGCUUGAGUGUCGAGGGCUUAGAAAGACUGGAAAACGGGCCGAGUUGAUCGAACGGUAAGUCGGUGUUUUUCUC